AUGACAAAGUGUGUUGAGCGCCGGAGACGAGUAGAGAUGCACAGUGACGAUCUCCCGCCAAUCACGUUUGUGAGCACAAAGCCGACGAAGCGGCCGAUGGUGCAGUCAAUGAGUGACGAGAAUGUCUUUUGGGUGACUGUUUCAAACUCGCAACGUCUUCUGAUGAAAGUUGAUGACAGUCUCAUCACACAAGAAAAUGAUGCACUUCCACCAAUCACAAUGGCAAUCCCACAAAAAGUCCCACAAUCGCCACCACCACACCAACAAAAAGAAAAGCCAAUUCAAAUCGUCCAACAAGAACGACCAGCUUAUCACACACUCAUGAAACUAAAACUCCCAAAAUCUCUUGCUGAAAAGAACGCCGCUAAAAGGAAAGAAGUGCUCUUUGCACUCAGAGAGCUCCAACUUGCUGCAAUCGGAAAAUAG